AACUAUCUUACCUUGUACCUUGUAGGUAGGUUAUGAUUAUCCCUGAUCUCCUUGCCACUUUGCCACUGGAACCACCCGAUCUGGCGAAAGAAAUGAUAGAUAUAGACCACACCCUUACCUUCUGUGUGAGUGUACCUAUACUACCAUUACUUACAAUGAGAACCUUUCACUACUUCAAAGCUGGUUUCGCUCUGACGACUCUGUCGAGUGUCGUUAACUCAGCACAAGAUAGCAACCGAUACCCAUCACAAUGUUAUCCCAUUCCCUGCGCCGGAAUCACGUAUCAGAAUAACAAGUACAUCUGUAGAGAUCCUCGUCUAGGACCAAGCUUACUACCGUCUUUCUUCUCUCUAAACACAGAACUCCCGAAUAUAUACUCGGUUUGGUGAUCUGUGUCUAUUCGAGUUUCUUCUUAAAUAGACAACAGAUAUUUAUCCCAAUAGAACCUAUAUAUAUCCGUCAGAAGAUGGUUUUGUAACGGACAUCGACAGCAUCGCGAUUUAGGGCAAUAUAACUCUGCAGAUGAGACAGAAGAUUAAUUUAGUUUAGUUCGGAGUCUGGGAUCUUUCUGGCAGUUCUGGGUGCUCUGUACAUCAAGCGAGCAUUGCCUCCGAC